AUGCUUAGCCAAAUUUAUUUUCUGCUUUUCGUCUUGAUUGGUAUAUCAACAGCGUUAAACAUCGAAGAUAAUUCCAUUGAUGAUGUUGAAUUGACAAGUGAUAUGCCAAAUGUUUGUUCAAAAAUCGAGACACGUACUGUAACAAAAUUAGUUCCAUGUCUGAAAAGCUACGAACAUCUUGUUAAAGUUUGGUCACGAAAUUGUUCCAAUGGUCGUCGUGUAUGUCCUGUCUAUGAGCACAGAACGGAGUACUAUCGAAGUGAACAAAAAGUCACAAAAGAAGUCAAUGUAACGAUUUAUCAUUGUUGUCUUGGAUGGACACGACUUGUUUAUGAUUACGGUUGUCCGAUCGCAAUGCAACCAAAUCGAGUACAACGCAAAAUCCCAGUUCGUCAUCAAUUAGCCAUGAUGAAUAAUCGUUGUCCGCAUAACCGUUUCGGUAUGCAUUGUGAAUAUUCGUGUUCUCAAUGUAUGUACGGCACGUGCAAUUGGCGUAUGAAAACAUGUGAUUGUCAAAUCGGCUUUUCUGGAGUGUUUUGUAAUGAAACAACAAUGAUUGAACGGAUUGAUCAAACACAUCGAUGUCAAUUAUGUCACAAAGGAAAUACGGCUUCGUGUCAUAUGGAAACUGGCAAGUGUCAAUGUUUACCUGGUCAUCAGGGAAUUCGUUGUGAAGAAGAUUGUCCAGUGAAUUACUAUGGCCGGGGUUGUGUACAUCGUUGUUUAUGUCAAAAUGGAGGCAAAUGUGAUUCGCGUGAUGGACAUUGUUUUUGUUUGCCGGGAUUUACUGGUAGUCGAUGUGAAUCCGUGUGUCCACAAGGCACGUUCGGUCAUAUGUGUUUACAAAAAUGUCAAUGUGGAAGUGAAAAUAUUUGUAAUCCUCGAACAGGUGAAUGCAAUGCAUUGUUCUGUCGUGGUGAUCCGAAAUGUUUAGCAGAACAAGAAAGAAGAUUUACAUAUGUAACAUUAUGCCCGGAAGGUUAUUACGGUCCACCACGAUGUCGACAGAAGUGUAUGUGUGUGAACAAUGCUCAGUGUGAUCCAUUGUCAGGUCGUUGUCUUUGCCAUUCGGGUCAUGUUGGACGCUAUUGUGAAAAAUCUUGUGAACGUGGAUGGUAUGGUCCUGGAUGUAUUCAUCGAUGUGAAUGUCAUGAUGAAGGGCCAUGUGAUACUCGAACAGGCGACUGCAUUUGUCGAAUGGGUAUGACAGGAAAACUUUGCGAUCAAGAAUGUCCGGAAGGAAGAUAUGGUCAGAAUUGUACGGAAAUAUGUCAAUGUAAAAAUGGUGCGCGAUGUAAUAAAGUAACGGGUUGUUGUUCGUGUCCUGUUGGAUAUUAUGGUUCAACAUGUCAAUUUCAAUGUCGACCGUUUACGUAUGGAUUCUAUUGUUCAGAGACAUGUAACUGUUCCACAGAAACAUCCGAUGGUUGCGAUAGUAAAACGGGUAAAUGUCGUUGUAAAUCUGGUUUCUAUGGUGACCGAUGUGAAAAAUCUUGUCCAUCGGGACAAUGGGGAGAAGAAUGUAUUAAUCAAUGUGAUUGUAAUGGCAGCUCAUGUGACUCUCAAACAGGUACAUGUAUCUGUUCACCAGGUCGAACAGGUCUUCAAUGUGAACAAGAAUGCCCAACGAAUACAUUCGGAGUUGGUUGUAAACCUUGUUUAUGCCAGUCUUUUGAACUAUGUGAUGUUGUCACCGGAGAGUGUCAAUGUCCAACAGGUUGGAAAGGUGAUGCAUGUCAAUUUCCAGCAACAGCGAACGGACCCGAUAUACCGGAAAGAGGCGAUAUGUACAAAAAAGAUAGUUAA